CGUGAUUCUCUUUGUUGUCAUACACGCUUUCAACACGGUCCUAAUGACAUUCCUCGAGCUGUACGCUAUUUGGGAAUCAACAGUCGGCGCUGUCAGUGAUAUACUCAGGUUUUUGACUAUCUACGCCAUCUUUCAUUUCUCCUUUGCUCUUGGGUUGUCGAGUCUUCAUUAUCCUCAAAAACUUAUUCAAUCAGAAGAAUGUCAUGACGUGGAUUGUGAUUUACCUGAAGAGGGGUAUCGAACGUUUCCGGUUGCAUUGCUGACCCUGUGGUGGGCGUUUAAUGGACUCGGUGAUCCGGCCAUCAUAGACGAUCCGACAAGCUUCGUCAACGUAGUUUACAUCCUAGCUGUGGGUCUCUACAAUAUUGGAGUACUGGUCCUGAUCAACACGCUUAUCGCAAUGCUAGGUUCACGAUUCAACGCAGUCGAGGAAAAUUCGGAUACCGAGUGGAAGUUCGGACGAACUAAGAUGUGGCUUCGGUUUAUCCGAACCGAUAUCGAUCUACCACCUCCAUUCAACCUCGUACCGACAACUGGGUUCAUUAUCCGACUCUUCAAGAAAUGUUCUUUGUUUUGUACAGGAUGUACACAGACGAACCAAAGACAGUCCGAGGAGAAAGAAUACAAAGCGAAAAAGGAUGCAAGUGCUGCAAAGAAAGUAAUUAAAAGGUUGGUGGAGCGAUACAACCUAUCACAGACAGAGAAACCGGAAGAGCAGGAAGAAUCAAUCGACAUUGAUGACAUCCGUCAACUCAAAGAAGAUUUUGUUGCAGUCAAAUUCAACGUGCAAACCAAUCUCCAGAUAGUCAACAAGGCGAUAAACGCUUCCUGGAAGAUCAUUGAGAAUAUUAAGAACACCUACCCUAGAAUGGACGUUUUUAAUGAUAAGGUACCUUUUACAGGAUCACAGUUUGGUGAUCUCUAUCGAUAUGACUACUCGCUCAUCGAUGUCGAUGUUGAAAAUAUUCAGACAGUAGUCAAAUAUGUGGAAGGAAUUCUCAACCGUCCCGAUGCUACUCCAGAGCUCGAGCUGAAGAAGCCUCCGGUUCUUGUCCAGCCACAUCCGGAACCUAGUCCGGAGCCUGUCGAAAAAGAGGUCAUUCUACCCGAUGAACUUUCCGCAACAAGUCCUGAGCCGGUCGAGGAAGAGAUCAUCCCACCCGAGUCGAGUUCUGAUGAAGAAGAAUAUUUCGAUUCGAGUCUUGAGAUAAUUUCCGAUGAGGAGGAGGAGGAGGAAGUGGUAGUUCCACCAGAGGAAUACAUGGAUUUGUGGGUUCGAAUUCAAAGGUUCCUUGGGUUGAACGAGGAAGAGAUCAAUGUACCCGAGGAGCCUCUGGAACCGAAUCCAGAGAUUAAUCCUGAAGAAGAGAAUAUUCCAACCGGGGAAAUGAGACCAGCAAUCACUGCCAACGAAGAGAGCACUCCAUCUGAGGAAUCUUUGAAUAUAAUUACUAGAUUUAAAAGGUUUAUUGGGGUGAGUUCAGAUGACGUUACUGAGGGAGAGAGAAAUCCACCAGAAGUGCCCCUGCAGCCGAAUCCAUGUAUAAUUGAUGGAGACGAGAACAUUCCAAUUGGGGAACGUUUGGAAGCGAGUCCACCAAACAUACACGGGGAAGAACCUAGGCGUACUUCAUCAGAGGAAUCUCUAAAUGUCGUGACUACGAUCCAAAGGUUCAUCGGAGUGGGUCAAAUGGCAGUUGCUGAGGAAAAGACCAACCCCCCAGAGGUUCCUCCAGAUCCGAGUUCAGCGAUCAUUGAUGACUACGAUAACAUCCCAGUCGAGAAACGUUUUGAAGAGAGUUCACCGAACAUAAUAGGGGAAGAACCUAGGCGUACUUCAUCAGAGGAAUCUUUGGAUGUCUUGACUAAGAUCCAAAGGUUCAUUGGAGUGGGUCCAAGGGCUGUUGCUGAGGAAAAGACCAAUCAUCCAGAGGUACCUCCAGAUCCGAGUACAGUGAGCAUAGACGAAGAAUACCUUCCUGACGCCUCGGCGAGCCCAUUUCCCGGAAGGGAAAGAAGUCCAUCUAUAAUCCGAAGGUUUGCGAGUAUAUUCAAUUCGGAUCAAACCAAGACGUGAACAAAGAAGUGUUACCGGGGUGAAAAUAGCAGCUUAGCUUUUUAAUUCCAUCCAUCAAAGCAAUUAACUGUGAUUUUCAUAAUACAUUAUUUAAAAUACAAAGGUUCAUCAGAGGGAAUGAUAGCGAAAUUCGUCGAAACUUCGAAAAAAGCCAAUGGGGUGUUUUGUGUCUGUAAUUUACGCACGACUGGCAUGACUUGUGAUUUCCUGCGCUUGUGUGUUAUCCCAAAUUUUAGGAGAUAAAUGGAACAAGCAUUCCUUAAAACCUUUUGGGGACUGGGAAUGCUUUCUUAGAGGGGUGCUGGUUUGUUUGAUAAGAAAACAAAGAAAAAAACCAACAAGGAGGUCUUCACUCCCAAAUGAUUUUGAUUUUCAUGGAAAAUUUGACAAGCUAAAAGCAUGGACCUAUGGAGAAAUGGAGAUUUAUCGCUUAGAUAAUGAAUUCACUACAAACAGAUGACUGUCGGUGUCAUCUUAUUAACAUUCUCUUCAUACUUGGCUACUUUGGUCCUAUGAUCGCGAGAAGGGCCUGAAGCAGUUCGUAAUUGGAAGUUUAUACCGAGUUUAUAUUUCACAGAUUGUAUGCGCAGUUAGUAACAAAUCACUUAAAUCAUGGAAAAUCGAUGUGCAGUUCUUGUCUACCUUUGUUAAUCUUAGUUCCUUGAGUUUUAUCUGGGAAAAUGUCUGCAUAUUUUAAUAUGGAGGCAAAUUUGUCAUUACUUGUUAACCAUUUAAAAUUCCAUUUCCACAAGUUUCUCCACUAAUAUUCCAGAUAUACGUGGCACAUAAUGUAUAUAGAUCGUGUAUCUCUCAAUGUUAUUGAGGUCCUUACCUGCUGUAAAUUGCCAAUUCGUCCGCUGCCAACUCAUCCACUCACCUCAUGGUCUACCUUCAUUUAGUCUAAUGCCAAUCUGUCCAUCAACAUUUCGUCUAACAACCAUUUGGUCCAAUAACCAUUUGGUCCAAUCAUCACUUCGUCUAAUCACCAGUUCGCCUAUUACCAUUUCGUCUAAUAACCAGUUGGUCUAAUACCCAUUUUCUUUUUAUUCAUUUUGCACAAUUAAUACUUUAGUUUAAUUAGCCAAAAUGGUAUAUGGACUAAAUUAAAUAGCUAUUGGACCAACUGGUUAUUAGACAAUAUGGCAUUAGACUAAAUGAAAGAAGACCAUGCGGUGAGUGGACGAACUGCGAACUGAUGGUGGACCAAAUGAUAGUAGACGAGUUGGCAUUAGUGACAUUGGAAAUAAACCUUACCUGCGUCCAGAAGUGUCUGGAUCGAAUAAUAUCAUAUUUUAUAUCACAGAAAUCGUCUGCUUCUCAAGUUUGCUGCUCCAAAUAUGAAGCAUGUUGAUUAAAAGGCACGUGCUGAAACAGGGUAUCAGUCAACAAAACUAAGACCAGCGGGGAAACUGAUCCGUCUUUAAGUGACCAGAUACGUCUUGGUAGUCAUACUAUUGUCGCAACAUCUAUAUGUUCUUGUAAAGAUGCACAUAACCAGGUGACGAUAAAUAUCAUUGGAUCAAAGAAAUGCUCGCGUUAAUCGUCCAUCUCUUCAUAGGUCCAUGCUAACAGAACCGUUCUCGCUCCCGAGUGAAGGAGUUUUUUAAAGAGAAAUUUGACUAGCAAAAAAAGACACCCACAAAAAAAACCCCACAAGGUUUACACUACCAAAUGAAGGUAUUUUUUUGUUAACCCCUCCCCGAAAGAGAUAUGUGAAUCUGGCUUAUGUGACGAAGCCUAAUCAUACUGAAUGAAUAAAUUAAGAAUGUUCCUCCCGUCGACUUCCUUACUCACACUCUACUCUUCUUUAGUAUUACCAUAUCUUCACUACGGUCUUCUUAUAUGGGGAAACACACAUCAAACUUUACUUAACAGGAUUUUAUUGCUGCAAAAGAAAGCACUUCGAAUUGCUUUUUCUUCUCACGUACGUAUCCACACUGAUCCUAUUUUUUCGAAAACAAAAUUUUGAAGAUCAGUGAUCUUUACCUACUCCAGCUUGGCAAAUUUAUGUACCAAUACAAUAAUAAUAUGCUUCCUUUUAUUUUUCAUGACAUGUUUUUAAAAAACAGCUCCUCACACAAUUACCCUACUAGACGUCGCGUUGAUCUUCAUUUGCCUAUGCUUAGAACGCCCAAAAUACAUUCAUAUAGGCAGUUUAUAAUCACUCGCGUCGCGUGCGGGUUCGUAAUCACUCGCGUUUUGAAUUUUUUGCGAAUUUUUUUAUUUCGGUGCGAUUUUUUUUUAACGGUGUCUUCAAUGGGACAGACAUGCAGGGAAAAUAAAAUGAAAUUGAA